GCGGGGCCGAGUCGAGCCGAGCAGCCGCCCGCGCCGCGUCGCCGGUUUAAGCGCAGUGCGGGGCCGCGGCCGGGGGCGGCGGUAGUGAGACCAGCGCUGCGCUCCAGCCCCCUUUUCCCUCCAUGGUUUCUCUCCGCUCCCGUGAGUAACUUGGCUCCGGGGGGCUCCGCUCGCCAGCCCGCACGCCGCCAGCCGCCUGGGACCGCGCCGCCGGCCUCUACCGCCAGCAGACCCCUUCCGACGGCCCUCGCUGCGCAGGCCGGGACGCCUCUCCCCCCUCCGCCCCCGCCGCGGAAAGUUAAGUUUGAAGAGGGGGGAAGAGGGAAACAUGGACAUGAAGAGGAGGAUCCACCUGGAGCUGAGGAACCGGACCCCGGCAGCUGUUCGAGAACUUGUCCUGGAUAAUUGCAAAUCAAAUGAUGGGAAAAUUGAGGGCUUGACAGCCGAAUUUGUGAACUUAGAGUUCCUCAGUUUAAUAAAUGUAGGCUUGAUUUCAGUUUCAAAUCUCCCCAAACUACCUAAAUUGAAAAAGCUUGAGCUCAGUGACAAUAGAAUCUUUGGAGGUCUGGACAUGUUAGCAGAAAAACUUCCAAAUCUUACACAUCUAAACUUAAGUGGAAAUAAACUGAAAGAUAUCAGCACCUUGGAACCUUUGAAAAAGUUGGAAUAUCUGAAAAGCCUGGAUCUGUUUAACUGUGAGGUUACUAACCUGAAUGACUACCGAGAGAGUGUCUUCAAGCUCCUGCCCCAGCUGACCUACCUGGAUGGCUACGAUCGGGAGGAUCGGGAAGCCCCUGACUCAGAUGCGGAGGUGGAUGGUGUGGAUGAAGAAGAGGAGGAUGAAGAAGGAGAAGAUGAGGAGGACGAGGAGGAUGAGGAUGGUGAGGAGGAAGAGUUUGACGACGAAGAGGAUGAAGACGAAGACGAAGAUGUGGAAGGGGAAGAGGAUGAAGACGACGUCAGUGGGGAGGAAGAAGAAUUUGGACAUGAUGGAGAAGUUGAUGAAGAUGAAGACGAUGAGGAUGAAGAUGAAGAUGAAGAAGAGGAAGAAAGUGGGAAAGGUGAAAAGAGGAAGAGAGAAACAGAUGAUGAAGGAGAAGAUGAUUAAGACCCCAAAUAACUUGGAAAGAAAGAACUGUUCAGUAUUGGUUGGACUGCUCAUAUGGAUUUGGUAGCUGUUGGAAAAAAAAAAAAAAAAGGUAGCUGUGAUACAAACCCCAGGACACCCACCCACCCAAAGAGCCAAAGAAUAGUUCCUGUGACAUUCCACCUUCCUCCAUUUAGCCCCUCUUGGAAAUUCACCACCAAGCUUGGGGACUUCACCCCAACAAAAUUGUAAGCAUUGUUAGGUUUUCAUGUCAGACUUGCUGUAGCGUGGAGAGCUGUGAUUGGGGAGCCGGCUGUCUGUGGCUACCAGUUACACCGAGACUGUAACAGCAUUUUUACUUUCUGUACAACAAAGAAGCUUUGUAAAUAAAAUCUUAACAUUUUGGGUCUGUUUUUUCAUGCUUUUCUUUUCUUUUUAAUGAAUUUUUUUACAUUAGGACAUUUUAUGUGUCAACUGCCAAAAAAGUAUUUUUAAGAAUUUAAGUGAAAUAAACACAUUCCUCUUUGGUAAA